UUCCAGUACAGCAGCUUUACUUUCUCAACUCCUUACGCACUUUCUGACACUCAGAAAUGGCUACAGCUGGUAAGGUCAUCAAGUGCAAGGCAGCAGUCGCCUGGGAGCCCAACAAGCCUUUGGUGAUAGAGGAGAUCGAGGUUGCCCCGCCCCAGGCUAACGAGGUCCGCAUCAAGAUUGUGGCAACCGCGGUGUGCCAUACCGACCUGUAUCAUCUGUUUGAGAGUAUGCAUAAAGACGGCUUCCCAACAGUCCUCGGCCAUGAGGGAGCUGGCAUCGUAGAGAGUGUUGGGCCUGGAGUCACUGAAUUUCAACCAGGAGACAAGGUCAUUCCUCUGUUUAUCUCCCAGUGUAGAGAAUGUCGCUUCUGUAAGAGCCCAAAGACCAACCAGUGUGAGAAAGGAUGGGCUGCUGAUCGUUACGAUGUGAUGUCAGCGACAGACUCUAGGUUCACCUGUAAGGGAAAGAAGGUGCUGCAGUUUGUGGGAACCAGUACCUUCUCUGAGUACACCGUGAUUAACCAGAUGGCUGUGGCUAAGAUCGACCCCGCUGCCCCUCUGGACAAAGUCUGUCUCCUUGGCUGUGGGAUCUGCACUGGAUAUGGAGCAGCAGUUAAUACUGCAAAGGUGGAACCGGGCUCCACAUGUGCCGUGUUUGGCCUGGGGGCUGUGGGUUUGGCUGCAGUCAUGGGCUGCAAGGCUGCAGGAGCAAAGAGGAUUAUCGCUGUUGACAUCAAUCCAGAGAAGUCUGAGAAGGCCAAGGUGUUCGGAGCGACCGACUUCGUGAACCCCAAGGAUCACAGUAAACCCAUCAGCCAAGUUCUGUCUGCCAUGACUGAUGGUGGAGUGGACUUCUCCCUGGAAUGUGUCGGGAAUGUGGGAGUCAUGCGCAGUGCCUUGGAGUCUUGUGUAAAAGGUUGGGGUGUCAGCGUGCUGGUUGGCUGGACAGACUUGUCCGACGUUGCUACCCGACCCAUUCAGCUCAUCGCUGGACGCACAUGGAAGGGCUCACUGUUUGGAGGAUUUAAGAGUAAGGACGGCGUACCUCAGAUGGUUAAAGCCUACCUGGACAAGAAGGUGAAGCUGGAUGAGUUCAUCACUCACAACAUGACCUUGGCCCAGGUCAAUGAUGCCAUUGAACUGAUGAAGCAUGGCAAAUGCAUCCGGACGGUCCUGAGUGUUUCUCCACAAUAAGAACACUUAGUUGCUUUCAAUGACACAAAAAUCAUUCCUGCAGCUAGAAUGCUGUACAGAAUUUAUACACACUAUUCGUAAACACAAUACAAUGCACAUAGUAAGAUGAUAAUAAUAAGAUCAAAUUAUGCACAGUAUACAUGCCUGACAUAUUGAAAAUGUUAUUAAACUAACCCUGCAGUCUAAAAAAAAUAUUAAAAUCAGUACUUAAGUGUGAAUAAAAGUAAACU